CGCCUUGACGUGAACACUCAUCCAUCCACAGCUUAACUAAUAUCUAUUCGUGAUCCGCAAAAACGUGCGUCAUUCCGCUGGGAUAAUUCAAACUAAAUUUAAACUAUAAAAUAACAUGGAGCAUUCUUUAUAAAAACCUUUGAAGGGGACAUGCAUUUAUUUUAAACACGCAUCAAGUUAUUAAGUAAAUUAAGAACUAUUCGGCAGAAAUGGAGAACUUUAUUGCAAUUUAUGCGGUGGUGUUUCUUGUUUGUGGAGGAUUUAAGUUUUCGUUUGGGCAGCCGUGCAAGCCUGAUUGUAACCCUCCAGAUUGCUCCUGUCCCCGAUUCAGUUAUCCAAUGGAUAGGCAAGAAAUUCCGCAGAUGGUUUACUUUGGGUUCGACGAUGCUGUGAAUGUCGUGAUGUCGUCUUUGUAUGACAAGAUCUUUACGGCCGACCGAAAAAACCCGAAUGGCUGCAAAAUUAAGAUGACGCUUUUUGUUUCGCACGAAUAUACGGAUUACAAGCGUGUAAAACAAUUUUAUGACCAAGGUCAUGAGAUUGCGGUUCAUAGUGUUACACACUCCGCUAUAGAUACAGAAGAGAUUUUGCGCGACGAGGCCGGUCGACAAAAAGAGAACAUUGUUCGCCUUGCCGGAGUUCCCGCUGAAAAGAUCACGGGGUGGCGGUCACCAUUUCUGAAACCAGCUGGGGAUGCACAACCCGUUGUGCUCAAAGAACUGGGAUAUGAGUAUGACAUAUCAUUCACUUAUUCGCGAACGCAAAGGGCCCUUCCUAAACCAUGGCCGUUUACGAUGCAAAACGGUUGGCCAUACCAAUGCGGUGUACCGCCAUGUCCUACGCGAGCUCAAGUCGAAAACUUCUGGGCGGUACCAGUGGUAAGCGUCAUGGACCACAAAGAUCAAUACCCUUGCUCCUACAUCGAUGGCUGCGUUGUAAGAGCAGGAAACGAAGACGAGGCGUACGAAUACCUGAUGGAGAAUUUUAUGGCCUACUACAACACAACACGAACUCCGUUUGGCUUGAACAUGCACGCGGCGUGGUUCUAUACGCGCUACAACUUGAAGGCGAUGAUGAGAUUCGUUGACGAAAUAGCCAAAUUGGAUGACGUCUAUGUGGUGACAGUGCAGCAGAUGCUAGAUUGGAUGCGCAACCCGACCCCGAUGUCCAACAUACACAGGCUGCAGUCGUGGCAGUGCCCAGAGGCUACAGGCCCUACUCGGCCCGCCAUGCAGCCAAUAGUCGUCGGUGAGCCGCAGACAAGUAAACCACGGUUUACUGAACCAGAAUCCAACCCACCACUGACCAGCCAUAUACAGUGGUCUCCCUUCAUACCCCUGGACUGGAAAACCGAUCGCAAGAUAGAACCGAUGACCCCGAUGCCUUUGGUGGUAGUCAAUAGCGGUACACGAGCAUCAGGAGGCAACAUAAAUAAUAGACAGAGUCCUAGUAUUGUGACAACAGAGAGAACAACAACGACGACGACUAAACCCACCACAGCAUCUCAAACAACAACUACUAUGCCAACAACAACAACGACAGCGCCCACAACAGCCAUGCCAACAACGACCACCACCACGGUAGCUACAACGACAACUAGAGCCACUACAACGACCACAAUGGCAACUACAACGACCAAUGCACCAUCUACUACGACUACUGCACCGACAACAACGACUAAUGCACCAACUACUACGACCACUAAGCCUACAACAACAUCUACCACGCCAACAACACAACGAACAACAGCUACAACUACGACUGUCACCGCCGUAAAUCCUAUUGAAGUGCACUUGCAAACAAUAAGUCAUCAAAGUCAAAGUUGGCACAUAGUAGAUAACUCAGAUCAUAUAACAGACAUUGUCAGACUUGGUAUCUCAGUGGAAAAUGCGAUGCCGUGGUGGAAAUCUAAUUUAGAUACUUCAAAAAUAGAUAAUCAGGGUACAAAGUGUUUACAAGACCUUAACUGCCAUCUACCUAACUGCUUCUGCCAGGGUAAUAGUAUUCCAAAUAAUUUGAAGCCCGCCGAUACGCCGCAAAUGGUCUACGUCACCAUUGAUGGAUCAGUAAACACUGCAUUGUUUCACAGGUACCGUGAUUUUAUGAUAGGGAAAAAGAAUCCUAAUGGAUGUCGAGUAAAGGGUACAAUAUUCGUGUCCAUGGAGGGUACGCGUUAUAAUCUUCUUCGGGAGCUUCAUUUGAUUGGCGCUGAGUUGGCCAUGAGGGGUAUUCAUCAACACCAUUUCGAAACCACCGAGCAUCUUGAAAAAGAACUUCAAGAGCAAAUUAAAGUAUUUGAAUUUCUUAAAUUAAACGCGUCAGGAUGGAAGACACCUGAGUUGAAAUCUUUAGGGAAUGAACAGUUCCGUUUGCUGACGAAGUACGGAAUUAAGUAUGAUUCAACACUCCAUGAAAACAUUCCAAGGGUUGGCACUCCAAAGCAUUGGCCGUACACGCUCGAUUACAGCUACAAAGGGGAUUGUCUAGUCCCAGAAUGUCCAACAGGAAAGUUUCCGGGACUGUGGGAAAUACCAUCGAUCGCAUUUAACGACUACCGUAAAAUGUUUCCGUGUACCUACAUAGAUGGGUGUAUGUUUAAUCCACCUACAUCCAAGAAUACGGAAGACUUUCUUUGGGACAACUUCCAGCACAACUAUAAGUCUAACAGGGCCCCGUUUGGAGUCCAUCUUCGUCAGGUUUGGUUCAGUCAUCCGGAAUACACCGAAAACUUAAAGGGCCUAAAUAAAUUCAUUGAAAAACUGGUAGAAUUGAAGGACGUGUAUUUGGUUAGCGCAAAGGACGUGAUUACGUGGAUGGAAAACCCGACAGCACUGAAAGAUAUAUCAAAAACUGUCCCAUGGGAUUGUGAAUGAAACGCAUAAACAUUGAAUGGCAUAAAGCUAAGCCGAUGUUGAGCAUCGGGCUCUCUAUGUGAGCGACUUUGGAUGGUCGUGAUACUUAAUUUAUUGUUUAAUGUUAUUCAUAAGAUGCAAUAAUUGACUUUAUAAAUAUUGAAAGCACAUGUUGAAAAGUGCCAGGUUUUUUCGUAUCAGCAUCAUUAAUAUCGUAUUAUUAAUUUGUUAAAAAAUGAUAACUACAUGUAUAUUACCAACUAUAUUACUAUUUUAAUGCGUUUCAACUGAUGAUUGAAUGGCAUUGUGUUUUAUGCUAUAUAUUUGGAUACAUAACGCAGGGUUUCCAAAUGACAAAAACAAGUCCUGAAACGACUCUAAAGAGGAUAUUAAUAGGUUUCAUGUGUAGACACUUCGAAAACAUAAACAUAGAUUUUAGAUUUUCAAUAUUUAAUAUUUAUUUCUAUAGUCACUUAUUUCAAUACGCAUAUAUACACACAUACAUAAUUGUUGAAUAUAUAUCAGACAACUGUU